AUGGAGUACCACUAUCUUGACGCAACUCCUUGCCCGGUUACAUGGAAUCGAAAUGAUGCUAAAAUCCCUAUACUCGAGGACAUCCUCGAUUCAUACGAUGACACGGCAGAUAUCGAUUUCAUGGCCGAGCUUGGGUCAUUGAACUCGCUUGCAAGAGAAAAACUGCGUCGAGCCAGAACUGCUACUGCGUUUAAGAUACAUGAAGAUGCCGGGAGUUCAGGUGAUAGCCACGGUGGACGAAAGACAUUAUGCAGGGAAUCUUCCAUGUUCUCACAGCCGGCACAACGAUUUCCACGGUCGGCCAGAGCACCAGUUGGGAGGCUGUCUUCACCAAAGAUGCCCAUGAAGAAGCAAUUGGAUCAGUUCAAAGAAAAUCCCCUAGAUGAAAAUCCUAGGCCUGUAAAAUCUCCCCAUGCCAUGCAGAAGCCCGUGAAAGAACAAAAGACGAAGAAAGAGGGCCGUUCCAUAAGAGAUAAAAGGCGGAACACAAUAUAUAUUCCUCCAGAAGAUGAUACCACAAUGGCCACCAUUUUUAUGGAUGCAUUUAGCCCCUUAAAAACACAGGAUUUCGGCUGCCAGGAGCUCAGUUAUAUCGAAGCUCAGAUCUUGAAGAAACGAAAACAGCAAAAGCCGAAAUCCCCAGCUCAUCAACGCCAGCCAUUAGAGGUCCCGAGUAGGAUUAUGCAAGAAUCGGUAGACCAGCCUGAUGUGAUGGGGAAGAAUACUGGAAAGGAAAAUGUCCCUCCUGGGAAACUAGAGGGCAGCAUUGCCGAAGUUACUGGAAAGGAAGAUGCCCUGGUAGGCUCAUCAGCCCAGCCGAUGAAACUUAGAUCUGUCAAUAGCCCUCGACCUAGGCCUUCAUUAUCCAAACAAAAACCACUGGAAUCAAAGCCACCUGUAUCAAGGGCAACACAUGGCCGCAGUUCUGUACGGCGGAUAACAUUUCAAGAUAUCCGAAACCCUCAAGCCUCGCUAGCAACAAAGCAACGAAAAGAGUCAAAGGAAGAAGACCUACCCUUGAACACUACGUUAUCACUUAAUCCUAUUCCGAAACGAAAAUCACCUUCGGAGCUACUACUCUCUCUACCCUCAGCUCCAAAAAUAGAGAUCAAAUACCCAGCACUGCUUGUAAACCUUGCAGACCCCUUGCUUCACGAGGAGACUUGGCUAUCUCACCAAGAGGCAGUCAUUACACAGCUUGUGAACACCCUUCUUGAUACAGCAAAUGGACAAUGUAGCACCCAAGGCCAAAAUCGCCUAAAACAGCAACUGUUCGACUUAUAUCAAGACACGUACUUCACGUUGCUCUCUAAGCGUGUACAAGCAUCCCUUCUUUACGGUGAUUUACGUGCCACAGAGGACCCUACUGGCAGAAGACGCCGACUAACAACCGAUGCGCGCCUCCGUCGCGCAUUCCGAAAAUUUUGGACCGAUACAUACGACAUUUUUGCCCUCCAGGCAGCGGCAGAGGUUGUCAUCGGAAAAGAGGUAGGCCACAGCUUUCAUGGUGGAAAUCUUUCGGCCAACCCGCAAAUAUCUAUUCACGAGGAAGACAAAGAGGCCAGCCGAGCCGUCGAGUUGUUUCUCGAUGCCAUGCUCAUAAAGAAUGAGGAUAUGAGUCAAGAUGCUUCUACCAAGCCUAGUGAGUGCGGUGACGUGGUCAAGGGAUAUCACAGAACGGCCUUUCGAAGUAUAAUGAUAAUUGCUCUUUUGGAUAAGGCAAGGAUGGCACCUGAUACAGCGUUACCACGCAACCUUUUCAAACUAGACUCGGAAUACACAUCAUCAGCAGCAGUGAUGCGGGCUUUGGGACCAGUGCUUCUUCACCCCCAGACAGAUAUUACCCGGCCCCUUGCUCGUCUAGAUUGUUCAUUGGUGUACAAGCAGCAUUCGCUGGGAGAAUAUAAUUACCACAUCAAUAAUAUUGCGGUGGAUAUUAGAGAUGGGGUUAUUCUUACCCGGUUGACCGAAUUGCUCCUACUCGAGCAUUUCCCUGAGAGGUUUCACACAAAAGAAAAGGAAGGACGGCCACUAUCAGGCCAGCUUAGGAUGCCAUGUAUAAGCCGGGCAAAUAAGGUCCACAAUGCGCGUGUCACAUUAUCUGCCUUGGCAAAGGAUUUCCCCAGCAUCGGGGCAACUAUAGGUGGUAUCAAGCCGGAGGAUAUCGUGGACGGUUACCGGGAAAAGACUAUAGCCUUGCUCUGGAUUAUUGUUGCUAAAUGGGGACUUUCAACUCUGGUUGACUGGGAUGAUCUCAAGGGGGAGAUAGUCCGGUUGGAGAAGAAGAUUAGUAGGCUCGCCCGGAAGGAAACCAGUCUUCCUCCGUGUCAUGAGCAGGCAAUAAUGACAGACACAGCAGGAUGUCAUUCAUCCCUACUCCACCGUUGGGCAUCAUGCCUAGCAAGACUGAGAGGGUUGGAGGUUUCAAACCUGACCACAAGCCUUGCUGACGGACGGGUAUUCAUGAGCAUCCUGGAUGAAUAUGAACAGUUCAUUCGUCCUACCGAUGGUAGUAUCAAGGCCGAUACUAUGGAGGCAUCAACUACAACACCACCGCCAAGCAAAGCCCGAACAUCAUCAUCAACGAGCAAUGAAUCAGCCUUGAAAAGACGUCUGCUCGCGCUCGGAUGCAGUAGUCAAUUCGCACUUAUAUCCCAGCGAUCAACAUCGCCAUCGUCAUCCUUGAUAUCAGCAGCACAGGCACCCCCAUCUUCAUCCACCCACACCCACACCACCACUGAAGAAGACUCCAACAUGACAGCGCUUGCAUUCCUGAGUUCCCGACUCCUCUCGGCAUCUAAAUACGGUCGGGCAGCGGUGACGAUCCAACGCGCAUGGCGUCAUAUGCUUGCCACCAGGCCUGUCAUUGACGGGCAGCAGAAGCGCUAA